AUGUCAUCGACCGGCGGAGGAUGGGCGCAAUUGCGCCAACAAGCGCGGGCGCUCGAAAGCCAGACAGAGUCGCUGUUUCACACCUAUUCGCAAUUCGCCAACGCGCCUAACAUUCCUGCAAAACCUUCAGAUGAGGAAGUACGGACGGAAGCGCAACUCCAAGAAGUUCUCGAGAAGAGGGAAGCUCUCGUUGGCCAACUAUCCCGCCUCCUCGACUCCGAAUCCGCACACUCCUCCUCCGCCGUAAAACAGAACAACCUCGCCCGCCACCGCGAAAUAUUAUCAGACCACCGCCGCGACCUCGCCCGCUUGAAGUCCACCAUUACCGAUGCCCGCAACAAAGCGAACCUUCUCUCGAACGUCCGAUCAGACAUCGACGCAUACCGAUCUGCGAACCCAGAAACUGCGGAGGCAGAGUACAUGCUGGAUGAGCGGAGAAGAAUCGACAAUUCACACAACAUGGCGGACAGCGUGCUUAGCCAGGCAUACGCCGUGCACGAUAACUUCAGAAUCCAGAGAGAGACGCUUUCGAGCAUUAACAGACGGAUAGUAGGCGCUGCGAGUCAGGUACCGGGCAUCAACAGCUUGAUAGGCAGGAUUGGGGCGAAGAAGAGAAGGGAUGGGAUUAUACUGGGGAGCUUCAUCGCUUUUUGUUUCUUAAUGCUGAUGUGGUUUUGGUGA